UCGUAUUGGACGAGAAGAAGAAAGAGAUUAAAAAUAGAAGGAGAAGGCAGGGCCGAAGGAAAAGCGAAAGGACAGGCGAGGAGCAGCAGCAGCAAAGCGAACCGAGGUAGUGACACCAAAGCCGUACCGAGCACUUUACUAAAAUUGCCGAACAGGCCACAGACAGCGGCGCAAGCCUCGAGACGAGCGACGUAUUUACUGCGAAGGAACUCGUCGGACUCGGACUCGACUCUCACGUGAGCUGCUGCUCUCUCGCUCGCGGUCAGUGAGAGAGCCCUGGCCCUGUUGGGGAAGCAUCUAUACAGCAGCAGCAGAAGAAGAGCAGCUGGCAGGAGGAUCAAUCGAAGGCUGCUGCUGCUGCUGCUCUGCUCCUCCUCGUGGUGGUGGUCCUAGUCGUCGUCUCCUCCCUCCUCCUUCCUUGUGCCGGGAAAGUCUUUCUUUUUUCUUUUUUUCUCUCCUCUCUUCGUGCGCCGGACUCCUCCUCCUGCUCUGCUCUGCUCUCCUCUCUCGACAGUGAAGACUCGCAUCUGCGCCGGGCUCGCGAGUCUAGCCCGCUGGUCAUUUAAUGCGAUGACUACUCUGUCAUGCGGAGUUCUCUCUGGCCCGAUCUGCUGCCCCGCUCCAUCCUCCGCCCGAGGCGUCCGUGGGGCCGCCGGCAGCAGCGGCGCUAGCAAGAGAUCUGGUGGCAGGCCGGGCAACGGCGAGCGCGAGCCUUCUUCUUUCCUCUCUGCGUCUUCUGCUUCUGCGUCCGCAUCCGAUUCUUCGACCUCCUCUUCGUCUUCGGGGUCUGACAUCACGGCCUCGUGUUCAUCAUCGGGUGUGUUCCGUGGGCGAUUCGGGGCUCGUGCCUCGCCGUCUGCUCUGUCCGGAGCAGCAGGGAGAGUCGGUCGAGGGUGGACGGGGGCUACCUUCGGGAUUUCGAGGGCGAUUUGCCCGCUUCGCUGUAUGGCGCCCACUCCCGGUACCGGGGCCGCCUUCACUAAUGGAAGGCCUGCGGCUGGAAGCUCACAGGUCGAUCUGACCAGUGUCUUAUCGGUGGACACCCGCUAUAAGACCGAGACUCACGCUGCUGCGUCUGCCGGUGAACAGGUCGUGGAGGAAACGCAGGUUCUCUUUGAAGCCAAUGAGGAAUUCCGCAAGAACGCUCUUGUUUCCUCGACUGAGAAGUAUGAGGAAAUGUACAAGCAGUCGGUGGAAGAUCCCGAUACUUUUUGGUCAGAGAUAGCGUCCCAGUUCCAUUGGGAGAAGAAAUGGGAUGUCACGGAUGGCAAGGUUCACACCGAAAAUUUUGACGUUCGCAAGGGCCCGAUCAAGGUGGAGUGGUUCAAAGGUGGCAAGACGAACAUUUGCUACAAUGCCCUUGACAGGCAUGUGGAGGCCGGAAGGGCCAACGACGUCGCAAUGUUCUGGGAGGGAAACGAGCCAGGAUAUGACAGUUCUGUCACCUUUGGAAACCUCUUGGACCUCGUGUCGCAGGUCUCGAACUACCUACGUUCAGUUGGGGUCAAGAAAGGAGACGCCGUCGUGAUCUACAUGCCCAUGUUGGUGGAGUUGCCAGUUGCGAUGCUCGCUUGUGCUCGAAUAGGGGCAAUCCACUCGGUGGUCUUUGCUGGAUUCUCUGCGGACUCCCUUGCUCAACGUAUCUUGGACUGCAAGCCCAAAGUUGUGUUGACAGCAAAUGGGGUAAUGCGAGGGACUAAGUUUAUAAAUCUUAAAACAAUCGUCGACGAUGCCCUGAAACAAGCAAAGCAGGAAGGUUAUACUGUAGAGACAUCUGUUGUGUUUGCGAAUGAGGUGGCUACGAAGAAGGAGGAAACAGCAUGGGUGGAAGGCAGAGAUAUCUGGUGGCAGGAUGUCAUUCCAAGCCAAUCAACUAAAAGCGAGGUUGAGUGGGUAGAUGCCGAGGAUCCUCUGUUUCUGCUUUAUACCAGUGGUAGCACUGGCAAGCCGAAGGGUGUACUUCACUCAACAGGUGGUUACAUGGUGUACACUGCUACCACAUUUAAGCAUGCCUUUGAUUAUCGCCCCGGUGAAGUCUACUGGUGCACUGCUGAUUGUGGGUGGAUUACCGGACACAGCUACUUGACAUACGGGCCUCUCUUGAAUGGAGCUACCGUUGUCAAUUUUGAAGGAGUACCGACUUACCCUGAUGCCGGAAGGUGCUGGGAGAUUGUAGAUAAGUACAACGUCAACAUCUUUUACACUGCUCCGACAGCUAUCCGAGCUUUGAUGCGAGAGGGCGAUAAGCCUGUGAAGAAGCAUUCGCGGAAAUCUCUUCGAGUUCUUGGAAGUGUCGGAGAACCUAUCAACCCUGCUGCUUGGAAAUGGUACUAUGAAGUAGUUGGAGAUUCGCGAUGCCCCAUAAGCGAUACUUGGUGGCAAACGGAGACGGGUGGCUUUAUGAUUACUCCCAUGCCUGGUGGUUGGCCGUUGAAGCCGGGAUCUGCAACAUUCCCUUUCUUUGGUGUUCAGCCUGCCAUUGUGGAUGAGAAUGGAAAAGAACUACAUGGGGAGUGCAGUGGUUAUCUGUGUGUCAAGGCUUCGUGGCCUAGCACUUUCAGGACCCUUUUCGGGGAUCACCCUAGAUACGAGACUACCUAUUUUGCCCCUUUCAAGGGAUUUUACUUCAGCGGUGACGGAUGUCACAGGGAUAAAGACGGUUACUACUGGUUGACUGGAAGAGUAGACGAUGUCAUCAAUGUCAGUGGCCAUAGAAUUGGAAGUGCCGAGGUCGAGUCAGCUCUGGUCCAUCAUCCUCUGUGUGCUGAGGCAGCCGUAGUAGGAUAUGAUCACGAGGUCAAAGGACAAGGUAUAUAUGCAUUUGUAACCCUGGUGGAGGGUGUUGAGUACAGCGACAAACUUCGGAAAGAUUUGAUUGCCAAAGUUCGAUCUCAGAUUGGUCCAUUUGCUGCACCCGAUAUCAUUCACUGGGCCCCCGGCCUACCCAAAACAAGGAGUGGGAAGAUUAUGCGCCGGAUAUUACGAAAGAUCGCUGCAAAUCAGAUCGAUGAAUUGGGCGAUGUGAGCACUUUAGCCGAUCCUGGAGUUGUAGAGCAACUCAUUGAAUUACGGGACAAGUAGAGGCACAGGUCUCAUGUAUAGAUUUACAUCAGUCUCGACCAAGCCUCGUGAUAAGAGCAGGCAGGUCCGGAAAACUUCUAGAAUAUCCAAUUCCCUCAUUUGGAUCUGAUUAGCAGCGAGAUAGUUUUUGUCUAUCAUGUAAUGUAGAGUAAAGCUUUGAGGGGUCUGAGUCAGAAUCGUUUACACGCUUUUGAACCCUCUCGUAGAGAUUCCCAAAUUUCUUGUAAGUUCCUGUACCCGUUUCAUGGCGCUUCAAAAGUUCGAAAAGAGACAUGUUCUAACAGAGCAUAAUUGGUUCCUUACAGCCAUUCCACUCCUCACGAGCUUCUAUUAUGUCUGUCCUCCGAUUUCGGACCGGUUUGGAUCAUGUGAACACCUUAGUUUUCCAUCCAGUCUUCCGAGUACUAUCCGAUG